AUGGAUUUCCCUCCAGCACGUCGGAGAGGGAACCUGUACGGCAAAGGAUCGAGAAAGGUCCGAAUCCAUGACCUUUUUGAUGUCGCUGCGCGGAAACCGAUCGAAACAACAAAAACAACGGCGACGGAUCCUCAGGACCCAAUGCUUCCUCGAUCUGCCCAUGGAUCUAGUACACCUCAUAGUCAACUUCAAAAUGAGUUAAGAGAUGCAACAUUAUAUAAUUCUGUGAAGAAAGAGGAGAGUUCCUCGACUGGACACGCCCAAGCGCCCCUCGCCGCACCCGAAUCCUCAGCCUUGUUCGACCUUCAUUCAUCCGAGGAUGAGCUAACAAGUCUCAAAACAAAGCGCGGCUUGAAGAAGAGAAAGAUAGUAUCUGAAAAACCGAACCAAUCGAGGAAUAAUAUGGAGAUCGACAAAGAACCCGAGGUCUUCAUCCCCAAGACAAAGGGAAUGCGUGUCCCAAAAGAAAAUAUCAAUGAGAAGUUACAACCCAAGUCCGUACACGGAAAUUUUGCACCAGACUCUUCGAAUGCAGCCAACGUCGCGCCUGUGUUCAAGCUUCCAGUGAAAGGGGCUGCCACCGGCAGGUCAGCUUACCGGGGGAAGCCAAUCCCUCCAAAGGCGCCUCGCUCACACGGACCUCAGGUCUCCAACGUCGCGUCUCCGGAAGAGUCAGAUUCAUCUAUCCGAUCACAGCCGUCUGGUAGAAGCACUCCAAAGAGGAAAAGGCGUGAUUCAGACGACAGUCUGAUCGCCUCGCCCACACCAAGUGACCUACAUCUGACUUCCCUUCGUCUGACGCCUGAUUCAGGCUCGCAAAAGUUCCACAUUUCGUCCGAGGACGAGCAGAUGGAUGAUGUCCCUCUCAAGCCGGCUAGAAGCAGCCGAACUAGGUUGAUUGACCGACUGGACGCUCCGCGCGCCCGGAGCACCGAGAUCUCGCAAGAGCAACAGUCCAAUCAACUCAAUGGCGGCACCGCACCAGUUGGAAGAUUUUCAGAAGAUCGCCAGGCAAAGGCUAGUCUUGAUUCCGAAAAGAAGCCACCCAGUACAGCCAUUGCUGCUUCCUCGGGACGUCCAAGAGCCACUUACGCUAAGCAAAGGUCAUACUUGAGCGAGAUGGCCGAGAGCUUGGAGAGCUAUUCAGCGUCAAAUAGCCAGCCUUCUUCGCAAGAGAUAUAUUCUCAGGCAUUGGCAUUCACCAGUGUGACGUCGCAGAUGGAGUUAGACAAUGAUGACAGUGAUGAAGGCGACCCUUUCAGCCGGAUCAAAAGCAUCCACGAAUUGAGACGUGGGGGAGCAAUCAGAAAAUUCGACUUGGAGCUGGACACUAUCUUGGAAGAUAUUCAAUCAGGUUCCAAGUCACGACGCAUUCCAGGGCUUCUACAACUUGUUCCCAAGCUGGACGAAAUCUCUUUCCUCCGUCAUUUCCAAGACUCUGGUGGCCUUCAGCGUCUCCUAGACUGCGUAAACGGAUCCCUGGACGAGGUCAGCGCGACAUUGCUUGCUCUAGUUCUUCAUUGCACAGUCAUCGCGGAAAGCUCAUCGCCAAAGGUCGUGCUUCAGAUGUUGAAUGCUCUUUACAAGCUACCUCCACGGCUGGCUUCCGAAUCCAGGUCAUUGACCAAACUUGCAAAAGACCGAAGUCAGAACAUCUCCAGGAUUCUUAUAAGAGAUAUUGCAGAAUUUGAGGAGAAGAGGUCCAAAAGCUUAGGUCAACUCUACCUGGCUGUCAACAGAACCGUGCUUGGUUCUGUAGAAUCUACUCUGCGAAAUCUUAUCAGGCUACAGGAGCCAUUUCCCAAACUACCACGAGGCCUUCUCGACGCUAUUCUCUCCAACUUUGCGACGAUGCAGGACAUGGCCGAAGUGGGUGGUAUGGUCAAGCAGAUAGAGACCAUCCGACUCUUGCUGUCGAUAUUGGAGAUUGCCUGUGCCAACCACGAGCUGACCGGGUCUAUCGUGGUGACUCCCCGUAUAGCGGGACUGGGCGAAAGUGUGGCCAGCGUCAUGAAGGAAGCUCGUCACUCGGAACCGCAAAUUGAGCACUCGUGCCUUCGGCUCAUCGUUAGCCUCAGCAACAAUGAUGCAACAGCCUGUGAGGCCUUAGUUGAGGGACGACUUAUCGGCACCGUGUUUCGGGUCAUUGAUGACCAGUUUCUGGAGCUGGCAAGGCGUGCGACGCAAGAGCAGGAGGUUGACCAUGCGCAACUUGAAUCUGUGAUUCUGGCUGUUGGAUGCCUUCUCAAUCUUGCCGAAUGCGCAGAUGGAGCCAGAGAGCGGAUGCUGAGGCCGAUGGUGGGCGAGCAGAACAUGGUAGAGCGGCUGGUGGACAUAUUUAACCGCCAUGUCGACCAGACGUCCGAGGCCUUGACCAUAGAUCAGACUCGAAUCUUAGUCGCCUUUGGAUAUAUUUCCGCAUUGCUCUGCACACUGUGCCUGAACCCAACUGCGUGCAAGCGGAUCUCGCAAUCUAUCAAGGGAAAGGGGCUUUCAGCCUUGUUUGCAGCUGCAGAUACGUUCCUCGACCAUCUUCAGACGGUUGAGGCGGCACUUGGAGAAGAAGGCAGCUCUUCAACGGGGUUUACUGAACGAUUCAGGGUGGUGCUUGAGACGGUGAAGCAGCGUGGCGAUUGA